GAUUUUAGGGUUUAGGGAUACACGGAGUUUGUUGCUAGUGAGUGACAACUAGGCUGGCAGGCUCUGCACAGCGCACCACCGAUCACAAUAUCUUGAUCAGUUUAUCAAAGCAGGCGCCGCCCCCGCUAUUUACAGGCAACUUGAAAAUGAGUGGUGAACAGGAGAAAACAAACAAAAAAGUGGAUUUGGUGCCAAAAACGAAAAGCAACUUCAAUGGUUUGGAACUAUUUUGGCUACAGAAAGGACGACAUUGACCAAACCCAGGUACUUUGCCGCCAGUGUCUUGUAGUUGUUGCCACAACACGAGGCAACACGACUAAUUUGUUCGAUCACUUAAAUCGGCACCACAAAGCUCAGAAUGACCAGUGCAAAGCGAGAAGUGAAGGCCGUCCAAAGCAACAAAGUAUUUCGGUUGCUUUUGCACCGUACGAGAAAGGUUCCAAACGGAAGAGAGAAAUUACCGAUGUGAUAACGUUGCGCCUCGCUAAAGACAUGGCUCCAAUCAAUACAGUAACCAAAGAGGGUUUCAAAAACAUGAUCCAGACGCUUGAUAAGCGAUAUAAAAUACCAUCACGCACCUAUUUUUCUCAAGUUGCCAUUCGAGAGCUCUACGACAAAUGCAAGGCACAAGUUGAAACCGAGCUGUCACGCGUGGAAUAUUAUGCAGCUACCACAGAUUUGUGUUCCAGCCGGACAACAGAGCCCUACAUUAGUCUGACCGUCCACUUUAUUAAUGAGGACUUCCAACUCAAAAGUCGCUGUUUGCAAACGGCAUUUUUCCCGGAGGAUCAUACAAGUGAGAACAUUGCAACGGGAAUGAGAGAAGCGGUGGCUGCUUGGGGACUAGAUGAGAGACGUCAAGUCUGUAUAACAACAGACAAUGCGGCGAACAUGGUAAAAGCUGCCGCCCUGAACAAGUGGACCAGGCUGCAGUGCUUUGGCCACAGAUUGCAUCUUGCAGUUGUAAAUGCAGUGAAAAAGGAUGGACGCGUUGACCGUGCUGCAGGUGUCUGCAAGAAGCUGGGGGGUCACUUCUCUCACAGCUGGAAGUCCAGAUGUGCUCUUGAAAAAGCCCAGAAGGAACUCAAUCUACCAUCACAUUCCCUUGUAUCAGAAUGCCAAACAAGAUGGGGUUCCAGGCAGAUGAUGAUCAGCAGGAUACUAGAGCAGCAGAAGGCUUUAACUCAGGUCCUCUAUGCGGACAAGAAGGCGCGGCAUCUAAUUCCAACCUGGCAAGAUAUAGAUGUCCUGGAAUCUGUCAGCAAGUCACUGGGCCCACUGCUGGAUUUCACAGAUGCACUUUCAAGGGAAGACUACGUUAGUGUCUCCUGUGUGAAGCCAGUUCUUCACCUCUUCAACACUUCAAUCCUGCUAAUGCAGAGGAAGAAGCUGAAGAACGAGAUGUUAGACUACAUUAACGUGAAAUGUGAAGAUGAAUCUACUCAGGAGCUGCUAGACAUGGCCUCUUGUUUCGACCCCCGGUUCAAGAUGGACUUCAUCAAUGCAGAUAACAAGGCCCAAGUCAAGGCCAGAGUGGCAUUAGAGAUGAUGGGAUGCCAGGAGACACCAAACUAUAGCACUGAAGUGGAGCCAAAAGAUGCUGACACAUCACAGGCAAAGAAAGCCAAGAAGUCCUUGGGAAGUUUCUUUAAACAAAGCGCAGCUGCAGUAAAGGGUGAUUCCUCUCUGACCCUUAAGGAUGCUGUGGAAGCAGAGUUAAACAACAACCUGCAUAGACAAAGAGGAAAAGAUCCACUUGCAUGGUGGAAAACUCACAGAGUUAGCUUUCCACGACUCGCCAAGCUUGCCCGCAAGUAUCUAUGCAUUCCUGCUACAAGCUCCCCCUUUUCAGAGGAUUUUCAGUGCAAGUGGCAACAUCGUCACUUGCCAACGCUCUUGUCUCAAGCCUGCAAUGGUGGACAGACUGGUAUUCUUGGCCAAAAACCUCUCAGCUUGCAUGAGUAAUGCAUACAGAUGCUUAAGAGAAAUUGAAAUGACCAUGUUUCACAAAAUUAUGCAACAGUUAACACUUGUUUAGCUGCUGUGAAAGCAGAUUUUCUUUGUUUGAACAAUGUGCCCAACACUUUUUCCUUUGUUGCUAAGAAAAGUUGAUUUAAAAUUGAUUGUGAAAAAAAUGGUUCUAUAUUGAUAUUUGCUAUUUAUUAGUUGAUACAGUUAUUUAUUGCAGUAAAUUAUAUAUUUAUCUUAAGUUUUAUUUUUGUAAACCACUCAGGAGACUGGUCGUGCUGCUGCUCUUUUAGUUUUAUAAUUUUAAAUCUUAAAAGAUGUCUACGUGAAAACCAAACCAGAUUUUAUACAAAAAGUUUAAUUUCACCUUAAUUUGUUCAACCAUUAUGACCAACGCUUUGUUUUUUUGUUUUUUUGAAAACACCUCAGGGGGCUGGUGUAUAGCUGCUCUAUUUUUAUUUAUUUUUUUAGAAUUUUGUUUAAAAUGUGUUUAUUGCAUUAAAGAGAAAGGAUGGUGCAA